CGGGUCGAUCCUCCUGUAUGUAUUGGUGAAACAAUUCGAUACGCAUGUGAGAGUUCCAAACACUGUCUUCACAUAUCCGAAUACUUGCGGGGCUGUCUUUCUCUUUCGUUGUCAUUGAAUAUCGACUCCAUACACUUUCUCAUCCGGUGCUUUCACCAUGUUUCACUCGUCGAAGCCGUAUUCGGCUGUGACGGUCCAGAUCGAGGUCCUCACCAGCGAACAAUAUGAGGUGGAAGAUUCCAGUGGGAUUGUGGAUCUUAUCGAGGCCAUUCGCAUCCAGGCCAGUGGCCCUACGGAAGCGAGUCGCGCUUUGCGUAAGAAGCUCAAGUAUGGCAAUCUUCACCGCCAAUUGCGAGCCCUUACAAUCCUCGACUUCCUAAUCCAGAACACCGGCGACCGCUUCCUGCGGGAAUUUGCAGAUGAGCCCUUACUGGAAAGACUACGAAUCGCUGCGACCGACCCGGUUUCCGAUCCCUUGGUGAAAGAGAAAUGCAAGCAGCUCUUCGGGCAAUGGGCUGCUUCAUACAAGAACACUCCCGGCAUGGAGCGGGUUACAGGUCUCUACAGACAAUUACCGAAGCGUAAGCAGCCGGCUACUCAGGCAAAAGCCAAAGUGUUGCGAGAUGAGGGGCAAUCCGACGAACCUACGAUGGGCCAUACGGUGUCUGUGUCAGCCGGAAAUGGACCUGCUACAGUUCUCAGUGGCCCCAAACACAAGCACACAUCCAGCAAAUCGUCACUCUCAUCUUUCAGGAAGGAGAAGAAGGAGAAGAAGACACUAAGCAGGUCUUUCAACCUCGAGAAAGAGAAGCCGGAAAUGCUACAGACCCUCGCAUCAGCCUCCGUCGCCAGCACCAACCUCCUCAACGCCCUCAAGCUAGUCAACCGCGAAACGCACCGGGUCAGCGAAGAUGCCGAAGUCCUCAACCGGUUUGAGACUUGCAAGACAUUACGGCGCCAAAUCCUGCGAUACAUCCAGCACGUGGAAAGCGAGGAGUUUCUGGGUAGUUUGAUUCACGCAAACGAAGAGCUAGUCACCUCACUUAUGGCAUUCGAAGUCUUAGACAAGAGUGUAGACUACGACAGUGACAGCGACCAGGACGUCCUGGAGACGGGAUGGACCCCUGACCGCGACGACCUGCCCGACUCAUUCGCAGGGCUGGUUGUCAAUCCCCCGAAGCCACCUCGUCCCCCUCGCCCCUUGAGCAUAUCCGUACCAUCCUCAUCAAGGAAAGUCUACAAUGACAGCGAGUCAGAGACGGAAGACGACGAUGAUGAGGACAAUCCAUUCGGCGACCGCAACGCCAUUCGCACCCCUGGCAUUGAGAAGCAUGAACCUACCUGGUAGGUUUGUCUCCUACUAAAUAACUAGAUCUACGCCUAAUACCCCAGCAGGAGAGAAGUUUAGACGAACACUUGCCUACCCUGCCUUUUAUCGCAUCACUUGAUAUCACAUCAACCCAACUUAAAGCACACAAUCCAUUCUGAAACGGCCUGCACAUUUUCAUUUACGACAAGAGAAAGAAGUAUGAACUCCGCAAUGACGGCCUAACAUUUGACGUCACUCCAUUUCCCUAUUCUUCAUUGACCUUUGUCCGGCUGGUGUCCGCAUGGCAUGAGGCGCACGGGGUAGUUGUUAGAAUGAAUUUUCUGUAUGAAGUAGGACCCUAUGAUUGAUUCUGCUAUACCAAUGUCACGGAAAGAAAUCAGUUCGGCAAGGGGACUGGAGAACCUCCAGUAGAUUCGUAUAAAAGGUGUACCCUGCUGCACUCACCUAGAUUCGUGAGCGCUUACUUGUACCCUCAUCUCUAGUACCAUACUUAUAUAUCUCGUGACAGU